AUGGCGAAAACCGAUAAUAUUCGAAAUGGGUGUAAUGAGAUAAGCCCCACCAAGGCACCAGUUCCAUUGAAUGAUUCUUUGAAGGAAGACCAGGAUAAUUCAGCUGAAAUUGGAAGUAGUUCCCAAAAUAAUUCCAAAGUUGAAGUGCUAGAUACCCAGCAAACAAAGACAUAUGGUGAUUUAACGGAGAGGCAAAAGCUUGUUAAAGAUGCAGGAAAGGGAGAUUUCAAGGAUAUCGCUCCAAUUGUUGCAAUUCCUUACUCAACACCGGUUCAUUCUAUCGCUUUAUCGAAGGGCCCAAAGUGGCUGUUUACUGGGGGGGAAGAUGGAUUGAUUAGAAAGUUCGACUUUUUUGGUUCUGUUGAGGGGAAAUCGCCAUUAACCGUUGCCCAAAGGCACCAAUUAGUUGAUUCAAUAUCAUUUGGUGGCAUGAACGAGUCUUAUUGGGAAAACGAGCAACCAUACUAUAAAGAGGCUUUGCUAACGGAAAUAAUGGAAGAACCUGUAAAAGGCAAAGGUAGAAAUAAAAAGAUUGAUGUCAGUACUAUCACCGCAUACGAACCUCGCCUUUCCCCGGUUUAUUCUAUGGCAGUGCAAUCCGAUGCAUUUUGGCUAUUAAGUGGGCUCAAAAGUGGUGGUAUUACAUUACAGACGACUCGAUCAAAUGAAGGGUGUAUACAAUAUUAUUUCAAAGAUGGUAAAGACAAGUUUCAGCAUAGUACUGCUGUUUCAUGCCUAAAGUUGAAUAAUGACGAAACGAAAUUUUUGAGUGGUUCAUGGGACAAAAAAAUACUUCGAUGGGACCUAAAUAUGGGAGUUGCCACUGAAAUAUUCGAUAAAUCUACUGGUCAAGUAUCCAGUUUAGAUUGCAGGCCCGUUGGGGGAAUCAAUUUACAGCUUGCGAACUCAUCAGAAAAGAACAAUGAUGAUAAUAACAAUGAUAGCAAUGAUGAAGAUGAGGAUGUGGAUGCGUUAUUUGAUGAAUCUCAAGGGAUAGAAAAGAAUGGUCGGGAUUCUGAUAACGAAUCUGAGAAAAGAGAAAGUGCCGAGUCUGUUGGAAACAAACAGGAUGACACAAAUGAUCAGAUCAAAAAAGAUUUUUCAACGCAAUCGAAAAAUACCUUACAUUCUGGACUUUAUGAAAGUAUUGUCAGAUCCGAUGAUGUUUUCAUUACUUCAUCUAUUAAUGGUAUAGUUGAUGUAUGGGACUCAAGAGUGUCUAAUGGAAGCAACAAUGUGGCAAGAAUAGGUCUUCAAAAAGAAACAACGCCAUGGUGUAUGUCGGCAAUUUGGUCAUCUGAUGGAAAUUCAAUAUACAUCGGGCGGAGAAACUCAACUGUGGAGGAAUUUGAUAUUAGAAAUCUCAAUUCAUACAAAAACAUUUUGAGAUUUCCUCUUGCGUCUGGUCCUGUCAGCUGCGUCAGAGCCUUCCCAAACAGAAAUUAUUUGCUUUGCGGUUGUCAGGAUAAUAUUCGUUUAUACGAUUUAAGGUUGUCUGAUUAUAAUACGGAUGAUGACAAUCGCAUACAUUUGCACGGAACUGAACAUCACCAUCAUCACAAAAGAAGAAGGAAAAGGGUGCCGUUUAUGAUUGUUCCAGGUCACAAUGGUGGCGUUUUAAGUGACAUGUAUGUUGACCCUACAUCGAGAUUUAUAGUAAGUGCCAGUGGAAACAGGGGAUGGCAGGGUAAAGCAGCAGAUUACGUGUUUAUUUAUGAGAUUCAGAAGGCUUAA